GCCGAGCCUGUGCCCCGGAGUGGGAGGGCAGGGCAGGCUCCGCCGCUCCACCGCCCCGCCGGAGGGUCUCGCCUUGCCUCCAGCUCCCGGGGCACAGGCAGUGGCCCUGCCGCUCUGCUGGGAAGACGUCCUUGGGGUAUGGUGAGGUCUCACCUCUGGCAGGCCUGCCCGAUUUAGGCCCGGCCCUCCCGGAGAGCCCAGAGCUUCACCUCCCCGGCCCUGGGGAAAGCCCACCUGGGAGGCUGGAGCGGGAGGUGCGCAGGGGGACCACGGGCUGACAGCAGCAGGGGCUCUGACCUCCUGGAGGGUGGUUUCUGGACUGAGAAGAGGCCCACGAGCCCCCUUCCACUUUUCACAUGGUGGCACCUCAGGGGUUUGGGGCAGGCUGGCAGUUGGACAAAGCAGGAGCCCCUGGCUUCAGCUCACAGUCGCUCCAAGUCCACUUUAGGGGAGUUUUCCAGAAUGAUUCAUCUCUCGCGGAUGGUUUUAAAGCCACAAGCUGUUGCUGGAGACGCCGUGUGGAUUUUUAACCUCAUUCUUGCACUAGGAGCUGCUGGUUCGAGACAAGCCCAGACAUCCCGGGGACACGGCCCUGAGCCUGGAUUCACACCUGUCAGCCUCUCCCACCUGCAGAGGAGCGUCUGAGCCCUAAGCUCAUUGGCAGCGCCUGGCGACUUUGAGGGGGAGAUGCAGCUCCUGUUCCUUCACGGAGGCAAUGGACAGAGGGACCAGGAGGGGACAUGCGAGCCGGCAGCAUUUUCCCCGGAACCUGCGCAGCCAUCCUCCCUGUACCGCUGCGGCAGCUGAGGCCCCGAGGCGUGAGCGACUGGCCUGGGGGCCCAAGGCCAGCGGGACGCUCCCCAGGCCUGUUUCUCGGCGGCCCCGGGCCACAGCCCGGCCACGGCCCCAGCGCGCCGGAUCCUCCAGCAUGUGAAGCAGGCAGAGAAGCCGGGUGCCACCUCUCUGCCCGUCCCGUCUGCUAGGAUGUUUCUCAUGAACGCCCCUCCUGUGCUCGCCCUGCAGUCCAAAUGGGAGGCCUUCGGCCAGCCCGCGAGCUGUAGGUUCCCCCGAUGCUUCUCGGAGCCGAAAGAGGGCAUCGCGAGAGCGGCGGUGAGCGCCAAGGUGCACAUGGUCAUCAGCACGCUUCAGGGCAACGGCGCCGCUCUGGGCAUGAGCGGCGAGCAUGCCCGGCAGAGGAGCCAGAGGGCAGAGAGAGGCCACGGCGCCAGGCUGGCCGCCAGCCCCGCCUUUGCUGCCUGUGGUCUUGCUGGUUUGGACCCCAAGCGGGAGGAGGGGGCCUCAGACCUUGGCCCCCUGGUGCUGGAUUCGGACAGCGACGACUCCGUGGACCGGGACAUCGAGCAAGCCAUCCAGGAGUACCUGAAGGCCAAGAGCGGAGCCGCCCCAGCGCCCGGGGCCGCAGACGGGGCCGGUGGGUGCAAAUCAGAGCCGCCUCCGAGCAGCACUCCGGCUGCCCUCUGUGCCCCCAGCCUUGCAGCUGGCUCUCGCGGUGUCCCCAGCAGCCGGAGGAGGGCCGGUGAGGACCGGGGCUCCGCCUCCCCGGUCAGCGUGAGCAGUGACGACUCCUUCGAGCAGAGCAUCCGAGCCGAGAUCGAACAGUUCCUGAGCGAGAAAAGGCAGCACGAAACCCAAAAAUGCGACCUCCCCGCCGACAGAAAACCAGACGCCAGCAACAGCUUGGCCAAAGCGGCGUGCAGGUCCGGCAGAGAGCCGACGGGCAAGGCACAGCGGCAGGACCCGGCAGGCGCCUGCAAGGAGUUUGUCUUCCGGAAGCCUCCCAGGUCCGCAAAGGCCAGUGCGCAGCCCAGAGGCCCCAGGUCCAAGGUCACCGGCGAACCCCCCGCCAUCGCAGGCCGCCCCGCAGAAGCAGCCCCGAGCAGAGGUGGGGGCCGGAGGGGCGCCGGCCCCGGGAGGCGGGGGAGGCGAGUCCGGAGCGCCACCCCCGUGCGCGAGGCAGCCGACUCCAGCAGUGACGACGGCAUCGAGGAGGCCAUCCAGCUGUACCAGCUGGAGAAGAGGAAGGAAGCCGCUGGGGACCCGCCGCAGAGGUCCCCGCCCGGGGAGGAGAAGGGGCCCGGGCCCCCUGCACACAGCGCCAGCCUCUGCGCACGAAGCGCCUGGCCUGAAGCCCACGGCAAAGCCCCCAGCAGGAAGAAGCCUCCGGCCCUCAAGGCUGCAGACCUGAGCCCGGAUGGCCCGGACCCCGACCAAGCUGCCCAGCUUCCCAAGGAAACCACAGCUCCCGCACCUCCAGGAAACACAACGGCCAACAGCGGGCGUGCUGACCGGUCCCCGUGCCGGGCGGACACGUCCGCCGAGCUGAUGUGCGCCGAAGCCAUCCUGGACAUUUCCAAAACGAUCCCGCCGGCUCCCCUGGAAGGCGGCGACCGGGCCCUGCCCGCCAGCCCGCUCCUCUCUCCCCCAAACGUGCCCUCCCGCUCUGACGGCGACAGCAGCUCUGUGGACAGUGACGACAGCAUCGAGCAGGAGAUCCGGACGUUCUUGGCCCUGAAGGCGCAGUCGGGGAGUUUGCUGGCCAGAGCGGACCCCUGCCCACCGCCCGCCCAGAGCCCCCUGCCCUCGCCCGGCCUCAGGGCCCCCGCUAAAACGCCAGACCUGGCGCUGAGCUGCAAGAGGAAACGCGGAGGCAGCGGCCACGCUGUGCGACCUUGCGCACCCAAGCGGACCAGAGAGACGGCGGUGGUGCCGGAGGGUGCCCAGGACGCCGACCGAGGCCUGGGGAGAGCCAGCGAGACCCCCGCGAGGGAGGGUGAGACCCAGGGCCAGCCUGUCCCUGGCAGGACGGGCGUGCUGGGCCCUGAACACGUUCCCGCAGACACGCAGGGGGCCGUGUCCCCAGGCCCCGGGAAGGUGGCCGAGGCAAGGCCCAGGGACGAGAAGGAGAGCUCCGAGGAUAAGAGCAGCUCGCUGGACAGUGACGAGGACCUGGACACUGCCAUUAAGGACUUGCUGCGGUCCAAGCGGAGGCUCCGGAAGCGGUGCAGGGACCCCAGGGCCGGCUGCAAGAAGAAAGUCAGGUUCAGCACCACGGAGACACAGUUCUUGGAUAAAGUCGGGGCUUUCCAGAAAGACUGGCGAGACCGAAGCCCACACUUGCUGAAAAGCUGCCUCUCCAAGUCCAGAAAAGAGGGGGGGAGGCCGAAGCCGGAUGGCACCACGGCCGAGGACGGGUCCCCAGCUCUCCGGCCCAGGGACAGAGCCGCAGGAGGGAGCCUCUUCUCCAGUGAAACGUCCGCCGGUGACCCUCCCAGUCCAGCCCCAAGCGCCAGUUCCCUUUCUGGCGACACGAGUUCCGUGGACAGUGAUGACAGCAUCGAGCUGGAGAUCAGGAAGUUUUUGGCCGAAAAGGCCAAGGAGUCCGUGAGUGGAUUAGAAAUUCAGGGAGGGGGCCCGGGCGCUCUCGGGACCGGGAGCACGGCCAGGCCGGAGCUGCCGGGCCGGAAAGUGCCACCCCCCAGCCCGGCCCUCCCGCCCGGUUUGUCCACACGGAGCCAGAGGGGCAGGGGGCCCUCGCAGCCGGCUGAGGGACCGAGGGGCCUGGGGAGAGCCUUCCCCCUGGGCGGGAGGAGCAGCCCCCGGGCCGAGCAGGCCUGCCUCCCCGCAGCCCUGGCCAGAUGUGAGCUGGCGCCGCCCAGGAGCGUCAGUGGGGCCGUGUCUGCCAAGGGGUUACCAGCCGGCAGGAGGAACGCCCACGCGCCCAAGGACCAGAGCCCCCGGGGGACCGAGCCUGCCUCCAGGGAAAGUGCUUUUGGUCAGCUGCCCAGCUGCACAGAAGCUGGCACCCGGGCAGGGAGCCAGAGCUCGCUGGCGGGGGCCCUGGGCACCGAGCGGGAUGGGGGACCCCGGCCUGGCCUCGCGCUGCCCUGGAGUGACUUCGCCCCCCAGAGCCGGCUGCCGAGCCCGUGGGCCCUGAGCUCGGAGGGCAGGGACGCAGCAUGGAAGGGGGGUGCUCUGGGGGCGCCGAGAGACACGGGGGCGGAGGGCCAGGCGCGGGGCUCGGCCAGCCUCGUGACGGACCCCAGGAGAGGCCUGCCCUUCGCCGGCUUCUCGCCGCUGCUCCCCUCGCAGCUGUUUCACUUUGGCAAGAGCGUCUCCUGGGGGGGCAAGCAGGCCGGCCUCUUCAGCGCCCCCCUGAGCCUGCCCCUGCCGGGCCCGGCCUUCCCGGCCUUCCGGGGGGCCCCCGCCGGCCAUGGCCCCGUGUUUGGAAGCUCACACCUGCUCGUGAAGGACAGUGGCCACUGGCCGCCCAGGAAGCCCCGGGCGGGGCUCGGGCUGCACGACAGGAGGCACUCGGGGUCCGAGGACAGCGUCUUGGACCUGAGGUUCGGGCGGAGGGGGCGAGACAGAGACGACGAGGACCAGGAGGCCCUGGGCAGCGACGCCAGUGAGUUCAGCGACACCUCGGUGGAGGAGGGCGGCGGCCCAGUGGCCAAGGGCCCCGUCCUGCAGCUGUGAGUGCGCCGGUGGGCAUGGGCGUGUGACACGCCCUGUACAGCCUGUAUAUUUGUACACUAACGCGAAACAAUGUUUUUAUUUAACAGACGUGUCCCAGUAAAUAUGAUUUUUGUAGCUUUUUUGUAAAUUAUUUAAAGUGCUGUACAAAAGUAUUUUUGAGCAAAUCCCAUCAUUCCGUUUCGUAGGGCGUCCCCCUUACAGGUUUCGUCAUCUCCACACAUGUCUUAGAUCAGCAGACGCUUGGUUCCGACCGCCCUGGCCCUUUAGGGUUGAUGCUGGUGGCCGCGGCCAGUGGUGGCCGCAGUUCACGCCUGGGGAAGGCGGCCGCUGGGGGCCUCCCUGCGACUCACAGGAGUGCCCAGCCGUCCGUGUUGGGGCCCCGCGGGACAGGACUCGUGGUGUAAAAGAGCCCCUGGCCCUGGGAGGCCCAGGCGUGACUUCUGAAUACCGUGGACACAGCCUUCGUUCGGAAAAGCGUUUCAAAGCACAAAGGCCAGCGAGCCAACUGGCCGUCCCAGUUGCAUGUAGAAAUUGCCAGUGAGCUCUCGAGGCAGGUCACCAGUUCCCCCCUGAAGCCUGUGUUGUUUAAUGUCCAGUCCUGUUCAAUUAUGACAUGAUUCUAACAGCUCAAUAAACCUCUUUUUUAUAUGGGA